AAAAGAGAUAGCAUGUCGGUCUAGUUCUCGGUGACGGCGGCAUCAAUUUCUGAAUUAAUUACCAUUUGUCGCAAAAACUGCGCGUCCUUUAUCUUUUCUAGACCAAAAUCUUUCAUACUAGUGCUGGUUGUAUUAAAUAGUCAUCUAAAUGGCUUCAGAUGAUGAAGUAGACGGUUCUUUUGCAGGCGACGAGGACGUGGAGGAAGGCGAGGGUCAGAAUGAGAACUCUGGAGAAAGUGAUGAAGCUCCACCCAAGGAGGAUGAGGAUUAUUCUCCAGAAGAUGGCAGAAAGAAAAAGAAAGGAAAGAAAAGGAAGGCCAGAGGAGAAGAUAAAAAAGGCAGAAAGAAAAAGAAGAAAAGAAAAAAUGAGAGUGAAGAAGAUGAUGAGUUUGGCCUUGAGGUUGAGGCUGAGGGUGACAGUGAUUAUGCCCUCAGUGCAAUGUCCUCAGGGAAAAAGUCUCGGAAAGGACGAGGUAGUAAGCACAGCACACCUGUAACUCCAGCUGCCUCUGAUACAGGAUCUGGCAUGCCCACUGUGGAGGAGGUGUGUUCCUCCUUUGGCCUCACAGACGUCGACAUUCAGUACACAGAUGCAGACUUCGAGAACCUCACCUCUUACAAGUUAUUUCAGCAACACGUGCGCCCAAUGCUUGUGAAGGAAAAUCCUAAGGUUCCAGUAUCUAAACUUAUGAUGCUGGUGGCAGCAAAGUGGCGUCUAUUUUGCGAGAUAAAUCCUAAUCUCGGUGGGGGCACACAGAAUAUGGGUUCCGAAGAGAACACUAACACCUCCACAGCUUCUGACUAUGUGAGUAAGGGCAAGCCUGGCCGCACUCCUAAAGAUUCUAAGAAUGAGGAUGGUGCUGAUGAACAAGAUGAGGAGGAGGAAGAGGAAGCAAGCGAUGAAGGCACCCCGGCCCCGCGCAAGCGAGGCCGCAAGCCGAAGCAUCCGGGCGGCAGUAGCAGCACCCCGCGCGGGAAGCCUGGACGGAAGCCCAAAGUUCCCACCCUCAAAAUCAAAUUUAGCAAGAGAAAGCGCACAAGCAGUGAGGAUGAACCGGAAGGCAGUGCUGGAGCUAACACAGAUUCUGAUGCUGAAUUCGAGCAGAUGUUGGCUGAAGCAGAUGAGCCUAAACCUUCAGGCUCGACUGCCACCGCCACUGAGGUCGGUGCUCAGCCAAAAGAAGAAGACCCCAAUGCACCGCAAGUACCGAAGAAGAAGGCUAAAACUAAAAUUGGUAAUAAAAGCAAGAAGAGGAGGAAACUGAAGACCACCAAUAAGUUCCCAGAUGGCGCAGAAGGUGAACAGGAGCACCAGGAUUACUGCGAAGUAUGCCAACAAGGCGGCGAGAUUAUCCUGUGCGACACAUGUCCGCGCGCGUACCACUUGGUGUGCCUGGAGCCCGAGCUCGAGGAAACUCCAGAGGGCCGUUGGUCGUGUCCCCAUUGCGAGGCCGAGGGCAAUCAGGAUCAGGACGAUGAUGACGAGCACCAGGAGUUCUGCAGGAUUUGUAAGGACGGUGGCGAAUUAUUGUGCUGUGAUUCCUGUCCAUCUGCUUAUCAUCGGUUCUGUCUGAACCCACCACUGGAAGAGGUGCCUGAUGGAGAUUGGAAGUGUCCACGAUGCAGUUGUCCUCCAUUGGAAGGCAAGGUGGCAAAGAUUUUGACGUGGCGCUGGAAAGAAGAGUCCUCUAAAUCAAAGGCGCCGCGUGCUAGAGAGUUCUUUGUUAAAUGGCACGACAAGUCUUAUUGGCAUUGCAGCUGGAUUUCGGAAAUACAGUUGGACGUAUUCCACCCACUGAUGUACCGGUACUGCAUGCGCAAGACAGACCCCGAGGAGCCUCCCAAGCUGGAGGAGCCUUUGGAUGAGCGCGACGGCCGCGUCAAGCGGCUCAAAGACAAGCAGUCGCAGGAGCACGACAACGACGAGCUAGAGGAGAAGUACUACAGGUACGGCGUGAAGCCGGAGUGGCUGGUGGUGCACCGCGUGAUCAACCACCGUACCGCGCGGGAUGGCACCACCUACUACCUGGUCAAGUGGAGGGACCUUUCUUACGACCAGGCCACCUGGGAGGCGGAGACAGAGGAUGUUGCCGGUCUUAAAGCCGCCAUCGAAUACUAUCAGGAUAUGCGUGCCUUCAUAACUUCUGAAGGCAAAACGAAAGGAAGCAAAGGUAAAAAACUUGGUCGUAAGGGUAAGAAUCGCGACGCAACAGAUGAUGAUGACAAUAGCGGCAGCUUGUCAAUUAAACCCAGAAGGUAUAACCCACCACCAGAACGCCCCACUACCAAUCUUAAUAAAAAAUAUGAAGAUCAGCCACCAUUCGUUUAUGAAACUGGAAUGCAGCUUCAUCCGUAUCAGUUGGAAGGUCUUAACUGGUUACGGUACUCUUGGGGCCAGGGCAUUGACACCAUUCUCGCUGAUGAGAUGGGUCUCGGCAAAACUAUUCAAACCGUUACAUUCCUGUAUUCUCUAUUUAAGGAAGGCCAUUGCAAAGGCCCAUUUUUAGUUUCUGUACCUUUAUCUACAAUUAUUAAUUGGGAGAGAGAGUUUGAACUGUGGGCUCCAGAUUUGUACUGCAUCACUUAUGUUGGCGACAAAGACUCUAGAGCCGUCAUAAGAGAAAACGAAUUGACUUUCGAUGAUGGCGCGAACAGGGGCGGAAGACCUUCUAAAAUUAAAUCGCAAGUUAAAUUUAAUGUGCUGUUAACAUCGUACGAGUUGAUUUCUAUUGACGCUACUUGUCUUGGAUCAAUCGAUUGGGCUGUUCUUGUUGUAGACGAAGCUCACAGGUUGAAAAGUAAUCAGUCCAAGUUCUUCAGAUUACUAGCUAGUUAUCACAUUAAUUACAAAUUGCUCCUCACUGGUACUCCAUUACAGAAUAAUCUAGAAGAAUUGUUCCAUUUGCUGAACUUCUUAAAUAAAGACAAGUUUAAUGACUUAGCCGCUUUUCAGAAUGAAUUUGCGGAUGUAUCAAAAGAGGAACAAGUAAAGAGGCUUCAUGAAAUGUUGGGGCCGCAUAUGUUGCGUCGUCUCAAGGCCGACGUCUUGAAGAAUAUGCCUACUAAAUCUGAGUUUAUCGUCCGCGUUGAAUUGUCCCCCAUGCAAAAGAAAUACUACAAAUAUAUUUUAACAAGGAAUUACGAAGCUUUGAACCCCAAGAGUGGAGGUCAAACUGUAUCACUACUCAAUGUAAUGAUGGACUUGAAGAAAUGUUGCAACCACCCUUACUUGUUCCCUGUAGCAGCUGAAGAAGCACCUCUAGGUCCACAUGGUAGUUACGACACUCAAGCUUUGAUCAAAGCUUCUGGAAAACUCGUACUCAUGUCUAAAAUGUUAAAACAGUUAAAAGAACAAGGGCACAGAGUGCUUAUUUUUUCACAAAUGACAAAAAUGUUGGACAUUCUCGAAGAUUUCCUUGAGGGUGAAGGUUAUAAAUACGAAAGAAUUGACGGUGGUAUUACCGGAACAAUUCGGCAGGAAGCUAUUGACAGGUUUAAUGCCCCUGGUGCUCAACAAUUUGUGUUCCUUUUGUCCACAAGAGCUGGUGGAUUGGGUAUUAAUUUGGCUACUGCUGACACUGUUAUUAUCUAUGAUUCUGACUGGAAUCCUCAUAACGACAUCCAGGCGUUUUCACGAGCCCAUCGUAUCGGUCAGGCAAAUAAAGUGAUGAUCUAUCGUUUCGUGACACGUAAUAGUGUUGAAGAAAGAGUAACACAGGUGGCCAAAAGAAAGAUGAUGUUGACACAUUUGGUUGUACGGCCUGGUAUGGGCGGUAAAGGCGCUAACUUUACUAAACAGGAAUUGGAUGACAUUCUGCGAUUUGGUACAGAAGAGUUGUUCAAGGAAGAGGAAGGAAAAGAAGAAGCAAUUCAUUAUGACGACAAAGCUGUAGGAGAAUUGCUAGAUCGUUCUAAGGAAGGUAUUGAACAGAAGGAGUCUUGGGCUAAUGAAUAUCUCAGUUCAUUCAAAGUGGCUAGUUACUCAACAAAGGAAGGAGAUGGUGAAGAGGAAGUGGAUACUGAAAUUAUUAAACAGGAAGCUGAAAAUACUGACCCUGCAUAUUGGAUUAAACUGCUAAGGCAUCAUUAUGAACAACACCAAGAAGAUCAGGCGAGGACGUUAGGUAAAGGCAAACGAGUGCGUAAACAAGUUAAUUAUAACGAUGGCAGUGUUGCUCAAACAGAAAACAGGGAAGAUAGUACUUGGCAAGAAAAUGGUUCUGAUUUCAAUUCCGAUUUCUCCCAAGGAAGCGAGGAUGACAAGGAAGAUGACGAUUUCGAUGAAAAGAAUGAUAAUGGAGAUCUUCUUAGUCGUCGUAGCAAGAGGCGUCUCGAAAGACGCGAGGAGAGGGAUAGGCCAUUACCACCAUUACUUGCUAGGGUUGGGGGUAACAUGGAAGUACUCGGCUUCAAUGCGAGGCAAAGGAAAUCAUUCCUUAACGCUAUUAUGCGAUAUGGCAUGCCGCCACAGGAUGCGUUUAAUUCACAAUGGUUAGUUAGAGAUCUCAGAGGGAAGUCGGAACGAAACUUCAAGGCGUACGUGUCGUUAUUCAUGCGACAUUUAUGCGAACCAGGAGCAGAUAAUGCUGAAACGUUUGCUGAUGGUGUGCCACGCGAAGGUCUCUCGAGACAGCAUGUUUUAACAAGGAUCGGUGUUAUGAGCCUAAUAAGAAAGAAAGUUCAAGAAUUUGAACAUAUUAAUGGUUAUUAUAGCAUGCCAGAGUUGAUUCGUAAGCCAGUAGAACCAGUGAAGAUAGCUGGUACAGCAGGAGAGAGCGCGGCGCCUAGUCCUGCGCCGUCUACCGCCACGCCCAUUACUUCGGCUGCACCCUCACCUGCCCCCACGCAGUUGACUCAAGCUUCUGGGCAAGCACCUACGCCUGGCGGUUCUGAAAAGGAUGACAAAGAAGAAACUAAAGAUGAGAAAUCAGAUGUAAAAGAUAGUAAAGUUAAGGAUGAACCUAUGGAUACCAGUGACGUAAAAGAAGAAAAGGUAGAUGAGAAGGAAUCUCCUAAGGAGGUUCAAGAAGAACCGAAGGAGGCAGAACGACGCAUGUCCGUCGACGAGGAACCGCCUAAAGAAGAGGAUAAAGCUGAGGAGAAGAAAUCAGAAGAUAAAGAUUCUGACAAAGUUAAAGAGGAAGUCAAAGAAGAUCCUGAUAAGAAGGAAGACGCUAAGAGUGAGAAAGCUGAAUCUGAAGCUUCUGAGAAGCCUAAAGAUGAAAAGAAGGAGGAGGAAGAUGACGAUGUGGUACUAGUGAAAGAGGAGGAGGACCUGAAAGUGGAGAGGCGCAAGUUUAUGUUCAACAUUGCGGAUGGGGGCUUCACAGAGUUACACACGUUAUGGCUGAACGAGGAGCGAGCCGCUGCGCCUGGCCGCGAGUAUGAGAUUUGGCACCGUCGCCACGACUACUGGCUCCUCGCCGGGAUUGUCACGCAUGGCUACGGCCGUUGGCAGGACAUUCAGAACGACCUGCGUUUUGCUAUCAUCAAUGAGCCCUUCAAGAUGGACGUCGGCAAGGGUAACUUUUUGGAAAUCAAGAAUAAGUUCCUCGCGAGGCGUUUCAAGCUGCUGGAACAAGCGCUGGUGAUCGAGGAGCAGCUGCGGCGCGCGGCGUACCUCAACCUGACGCAGGACCCCAACCACCCCGCCAUGUCGCUCAACGCGCGCUUCGCGGAGGUGGAGUGCCUCGCCGAGUCGCACCAGCACCUCAGCAAGGAGUCGCUCGCCGGCAACAAGCCCGCCAACGCGGUGCUGCAUAAGGUGCUGAAUCAGCUAGAAGAGCUGUUGUCAGAUAUGAAGUCGGACGUGUCGCGGUUGCCGGCGACGCUGGCACGGAUUCCGCCGGUGGCGCAGCGCCUGCAGAUGUCCGAGCGGUCCAUCCUCUCGCGUCUUGCCGCAACCGCCGGCAAUCCCGUGCCCGCUGCUCAAAUGCCCCAGUUCCCGGCCGGAUUCCAGUCGAGCGGAAGCUUGCCUGGUUUCUCUCCGGCUGCGGCCGCCGCUGCCAACUUUUCAAACUUCCGCCCGCAGUACUCUGUGCCCGGGCAGCCCGCCUCCACUGGAUCCUCUAAUAAAUCAUAAGCCUGCAUAACUUAUAACAUCUUAUUUCAACUCGACACACCUACAAUGCGUGGAUAGUGGUCACAUAGAUGAAUAUUUUAGAUGUAAGCUUUCCAAGAUUCCUGUUCCACCUUGGGUUUGAAGUGAUAAUUAUAGUGAUUAGUGCAGUUAGGUAACAUGAUAUGUCAUAUUGAAGCAGAACUCUCACAAUAUUAUUUAUUUCAUUCUGAUCUGUAUGAAUCUUGUUUAUGUGUAAGUGAUUGUGGACUUAUGAAAUUCUUUAUUUUUAAUCAACCAAAAAUGAAAAUUUAAUAAACAACACGAUUAAGUGAU